AGUUCAUUCAUUCAUUCAUAACAGAGCACAAACAUUAAAUUAAACAACACAAAUCAUCAUAUCUUCAGUUUCAUUAUAAUUAAUUCCAAUCAAAUGGCUUCUAAAAAUGGCUUAUACAAAGCAAGUGAACUUUUCCAAGCUCAAGCACACUUGUACAAAAUCAUGUAUAGCUUCCUCAAUCCCAUGUCUGUCAAAUGGGCCAUUGACCUUCAAAUACCAGACAUCAUCCACAAUCAUCCCCAACCCAUUACUCUUUCCGAGCUUGUUUCAGCUCUUAAAGUUCCACAAUCCAAACAAACAUGUGUCCAACGACUCAUGCGAUUAUUAGCACACAUUGAUUUCUUUGCAAUUGUCAAAUUUCAAGACAACCAAGAAAGAUAUGCUCUUACUCCAACAUCACAACUUCUUGUCUCUGGCACUGAUCAUUGUUUAUCUUCCAUGGUUCGGUUACUAAACACUCCCAUUCUCGUUGAUUCGUACAAUCAUUUGGCGAAAUGGACUUCUGGGGAGGAUCUCACAGUUGUUGAGACUGCUUUAGGCCCUGAAAGUUAUUGGGAUUUCAUUCAUCAAAAUUCUGCAUACUUGAAUACUUUUAAUGAGGCUAUGGAAAGUGAUUCUCAUGUUGUGAGGUUGGCUUUGAGAGAUUGUAGGUCUGUUUUUGAAGGAAUUGGUUCGUUGGUCGAUGUUGGUGGUGGAACUGGAAACACAGCUAAAAUUAUAUGUGAGGCGUUUCCAGAGCUCAAGUACAUUGUGUUGGACCUUCCACAGGUUGUUUCUGGUUUAGCAGGAAGCAAUAACUUGAGUUUUGUUGGUGGAAACAUGUUUAAAUCUAUCCCGCAAGCUGAUGCCGUUAUGCUCAAGUGGGUUUUACACAAUUGGAGUGAUGAUGAUUGCAUAAAGAUACUCAAAAAUUGCAAGAAUUCAAUAUCAAGAAAAGGGAAAGGAGGUAAAGUGAUCAUCAUAGAUGUAGUAAUAAAUGAAAAAGAAGAUGAGCCUGAAAUGACAGAAGUAAAGCUUUUACUUGAUGUGACUAUGAUGACCAGUCUCAAUGGAAAAGAGAGAAAUGAAAAGGAAUGGAAGCAACUUUUCUUACAAGCUGGCUUCAAAUCUUACAAGAUAUUCCCCACAUUUGGUUUUAGAUCUCUAAUUGAGCUUUAUCCUUAAUCCAUGUUGUAACUUUGCUGUUUUAUAUUAAUAUAUAUUGUACUAAAGUAGCCACUCAUAUUUAAUUCAUGUGAUAUAAAUGUGGCUACUAACUAAUGGAAUGAGAAACAAUGUGUUACAUUAA